UCACGUACGCGUAAGGUAGGAUGUGGAUGUUGCCUGGGAUGUUUACUGUUGCUGUUACCUUCAUCUGUGCUUCUCUCUCCUACACCCUGAAUAUUUUCUUCGCAAAGGCGUCUUCAUUCGACCCUUGGUGCAGAACAAUCUACUAAAUCCAUCGAAUUAUCAAUCCUCGUCCCUUUAACAGAGGAACUACACGAUCGUCCCACCGUACAGUCCUGCUCCAUGUCGGCCGAUCUGGUGUCUGGCCCGCGCCUACUCUAGAUCUUCGUGACAAGCUAAGAUCAUCGAUCUCGCUAGAUGCAUCGCACAUCGUCUCGGAUCGCAGUCUUCAUAUCCACUAGACACUCUGACAUCUUCACUCCUACCCUUCCAUGGAUGACGGCGCUUUACGGAUAUCUGGAAUGGGCAGGACUGCCGUCAUGAGUCUGACGUCCAUCGUCUUGCUUGUGUCGCUGCUUAUCUGUCCUGUCCGCGCAGCGAUUCCAUACUCGCCGUCCCAUAUCCUCUAUACCUCCCAGCACAACGAUUCUUUUGCCUACUUACUGCGGCCCAGUGACUCGCAGCCGCAUGCCACCCAGUUUCUUUCGUUGAAUGUCUCAGGGAAGGUAGACGCAGCCAGCCCAGAGUACACGGUUCUUCUAGAUGAGCUGCCGUUCCACACAGACAACCAGUCCUCUGCCUUUGUUCCGUCUAUUGAUCAACAUGGUCACAUCAAGGUCUAUGUAGGGGACUGCGGCCAAUCAAAUGAGCAAGGAAGGCUUUGGGUUUUUACGCCAAGUGUCAAUAACUCGAGCGGCAAUGGAACGUGGGAAGUGCAUGAUUCGGACUUAGGGCAAGGGGACCUAGGAGUCAACAGCUACGGCCCCAACUAUCUGUCUGCCGCGUUCACCUGGUCGUCUUCCAACAUGACGGAGAGCUCGCUGUAUACCUUUGGUGGCAUGUGUCCGUUCAAGACGACCUCGAAAGCAACCUGGAUCUAUGCCUCCAGCUAUUCCCAGUCCAUGAUCGUCUUGAAUCCGCCGACCUCUGACCGUGUCUCUUCGUAUCGAAUAUCAACCGCUGGCCUGCGCGCACCACCUAUCCCGGAGGCAGGGUUCACAAUCACUCCAUUGCAUCCCACCUACGCACUGUCUCCUUUAGGUCGAACACUACAGCAACAAAACUUUCUCUUCAUUGGGGGCCACACCCAGAAAGCCUUCAUCAACAUGUCUGAGCUUGCCAUCUAUUCUCUUCCUCAGGACAGCUGGAGCUUCGUCACAGCCGAGUCAGGGUCGGAUAUGGGAAAAACUGAGCUUGCUGUUCGAGAUUCAGCAUUCGUGGAGCCAAGGACGGGACACACGGCCAUUCUCUCGCCGGACGGUAGCAAGGUCAUCGUCUUCGGCGGAUGGGUAGGCAGUACCAGUCGACCUGCUCAGCCGCAACUGGCUGUAUUGGAGAUGGGAGAAGAGUUUGGAGGCACUGGCUCAUGGCGUUGGGUGGUCCCAUCUCACCAAGGAAGCGGACUCGCAGACGGAACCGGGAUCUACGGUCAUGGUGCAGCAAUGCUUCCUGGCGGUGUGAUGAUGAUCGCCGGCGGGUACAGCACUUCCACAACAACGAAGCGGUCGGCAGUAGGACCUCAGCCUAACUCCCAAGUCUUUCUGUACAAUGUUACGUCUGGAAGCUGGAUGACUUCAUAUAGAAAUCCAAGCCUGCCGGAACCGGAACCGGAACCCGUAGGAGCCUCUGGUGGCUCCACGUCUUCAUUGUCGAAAAAGGCAGGGCUGGGUGCAGGACUCGGACUGGGGAUUCCGUCAGUUGCAGGCUUGGCUGUGUUUGCUUGGUUCUACUGGCGGAGACGCCGUGUGCGGCGGUCUCGGGAUCGCGAACUGCGCAAGCUCGCUCUCAGUGCACAAAGGGCACACUUCUGGGGCAGGGACGAGCCCGAAAUGGCGAGCAGCAUCCGCAUGUCCAAGACCAGGGACCAGAAUAAGACGAUCUCCUGGACCACCGCUCCAAGUCGGAACGAGCAGGACAACGGCGAAGGUGCUGCCGAGAGCACCAGCCUGCUUCGUGACAUCCCGACCCCUGACAGAAACAGCCAGCAAAGCUUGGGAACGCGCCCUUACCGAUAUUCAGCGCCAUACAGCGAGUACAGAAGAAGCGAGGCUGCGGGUGAAAUACAUCCAAUCGACGAACGCGAUGAGGAAGAAGCAAGUUCUCCAGCGUUCGGCGACCCCGAUACUGCCGCCGCCUCUGAGCCUUUCUUAGGCGCUGAAUUUGUGACUCCGCGCAGUACAAUGUCGAAUCCAACUGGAAUUCCAUAUCGAACAGUUAGAGCUGUACCUGCGGAAGAUCCACCCCGAGACGGAGUUUUGCCCUCAGAUCAGGACGAGCGCACUUCGUCGAAUCUUUCGGACUCUUCAGCUAGAUCUGGGAGUAGUGCUCCUCGCCCGCAGGCGUCACUUCGUACCCCUACAAGUUUGCCAGAUAAUGGACGCAAUUCGCCAGAAGCGCCACCCUCUGCGUCCACUCAUGGGACAGGACUGUCCAGAGAGAAGCGCUACUCCUCGGACUCCUACUCUACCGCACAUACAACCCUUUCGCUACGAUGGGCCGAAGGGGAGCAUCUUCUGAAAAAUGAUACUGAGCCAAACGUGCCAAUAGAGGAACCCUCAACGCCGGGUCGAUCCCCGCUGACUCCAAAAGCGCGGACGUUUGGCUGGAUGGGCAGCGUGCGUCGCGUAAUUUCCGGAACGCAGAGGCGAGUUACAGCGAUACGAGACUCGACGACAGCCUCUCUGGCGUCGGGCAUCGAUCGGAGGAGUACAGUCCUCGGAGCCAGGACGGUGGAUGGCGCACAGAAUGAGUCGAAGGUCCCGCGACGAGCCGUGAGUGCCUCGGCCGAGCUGUUCAGACGAAAACAGGGCGCCAAAGACUGGGGAGCAAGCAAUCGAGGCUCCCGGGAUACGGGCCUUCAGACCAUCAGGUCUUCCCGGGAUGAUUCGGCGUUGGACGGGCUGAUAGACGUGGACGAUGACGACUGGGAUGUCGAGGGCGCAGCCGAGGGCAGACGGGUCCAAAUCACAUUCACCGUUCCCAAGGAGAGAUUGAGAGUGGUCAACGCCACCGCCCAAGACUUGGACAACAUGUCUGAGAGAUCUAUCAGUCGAAGUAACACCGCAGCAUGAACGACAGCCUACACCGCUAGAGUUGUUAUAACGCAGAAGGUGUAUCCCACGCCUGCUACGAUCAGAUUGUAUAUCCAUAAAAUCUUCUUCUCUUUCUUGUUCGCUUUUUCUUUUUGUUGCUUGCCCUUCCUGGCGAAAGGGUUUGAUAUCCGCGACUGUUGUCAACUCUUAUUCCUUGUCUCACUUUGUUUGGCCUGUUUUGAGCAUGUUUCUUUCUACAGCCGGGUUGUGUCUUGACGAACGGAUAUGGACUAUGCUACGAAGUCACGACCUUUUCUCUUUCUUUUCUUCGCUUCUGGGCCGGAUUCUCAAUUGACGGUUUUUGUGGGCGUACGACAGGAGGAAGUCUCGAGAUUGUGAGCAUAUUCUGUUCCUUGUGCUCUGUACGUUGGAAGGCAG